AACAGUCACUCAGUUGCUUUGAGUUUUAAGUAUAAAAGUAAUAAAUAUAAACAUUAAAAGACUUUUAAGCAAUUCAGCUUAUUUUGUUUCACAUUUUAAGAGAUAAAAAUGUUGCCAAGCAUUUAAACUGGUACAGUGGAUAUAAAAUCAUGUUUGUGAGAUGGCUACUACCACUAGGUGGAGGCAGUGACAACCAGAUCAGGCAUUACACAAGUGCAACAGAGCAGUUGACAUUUGAUCUAGGCUUUGCAGCUUUUUUCCAGUUUCAGCUGGGUGUCUCUUCUUUGUACACAAAGUGACACAGUGAAUCUAGUUGUGGCUUAAAGGAAUGGAGACAUCUGGCAUGGAUGAAAUGUCUUAUUGCACUUUUUCUGGUGGAGAAGUUUAUAAAAAUCACUUCCAGCCAGGUAUAUAUGUGUGUUCUGAAUGUGGCCAUGAGUUAUUUUCAAGCACUUCAAAGUUUGAGCACUCUUCUCCGUGGCCUGCCUUCUCAGAGACAAUCCAUGAGGACAGUGUCUCUAAACACCCUGAGGCAUGGGGACCUAUAAAAGUUUGCUGUGGAAAAUGUGGCAAUGGACUGGGUCAUGAGUUUUUAUAUGAUGGACCAAAAGAAGGACUCUCACGCUUCUGAAUUUUCAGCAGCUCACUGAUGUUUAUACCUAAAGAAGAGGUUAGAGGACAGAAAAGUGAGCUGUGAAAGAGACAACUGUUUCUUGCUGCUUAGGGUGUCCACAGUGGAUGAAGUGCUCUGGGAACAAGCCUUAUGGAUCUCCUAAGCACUGAUGGAUGGUGGCCAUGCAGGGCUGCAUGAAGAGAUAACUCAUUGGAAUAACUUUUUUAAGUCCAAAGUAUAAAAACAUGGAAAACUAUGCUUUAAUCUUUAACUUGUCUAUGCUGCACAGAGUUGGAAGCUGAUGAACAGCCAUUCAGUUUAAAUAAAUCAAUUCUGUCCUACAAUUCAGUGGAGCUGCAACUUUCAAAGUAAUGCUUCACUGUGUUCCUCCAGUUGUAUUGUCUGUGCGGAUAGGAGUGCAGAGUAAGUGUGAGCAGCCUGUAACAAGAACAUGUUUCACUGUCAUGCAUUUUUCUUACCUCAAAGGUGCAUUGUGUAACAAAAUAAAUA